AUGGCUUCCACCCCUUCAUCCUCGUGGGUGGCCCUGCUCGCCGCCGCCGCCGCCGCUCUGCUUCUGCUGCUCCGGUGGUGGUGCCGGAGCACCACCUCCCCGUCCCUGCCGGAUCUGCCGUGGGUGGCCCGCAACGACAGGGCCUGGAUCUUGCCCGGCCUGAGGACCAGGCUGUGGUGCUCGGUCAAUUAUGAGGAGGCCCUCCGGAGGGCGUAUGAGCAGUAUGCCCGCCACAACAAGCCCUGUAUACUCGCCACCCUCGACGGCGAGGUCGUUCUUCUGCCGCCCUCCAACACGCCCUGGCUGAUCGCCCAGCCCGACAACGUCCUCAGCGUCAACGGCGCGCACAAGCAUAUCCUCCAGACCCGAUACACUUUUCCUAGGCCUGAGAUUAUGGACCCCACGGUUCAUUUCGACGUCAUCAAGUCCGAGUUGACCAGGCAAGUCUUCAACGUCACGCCCGAAGUGUGCGACGAAUUGGCCGCGGCAGUGGAUCAGAUCUGGGGCAGCGAAGCUGAUCCUGAUUUUGAAUACUAUGACGCCGAAGGGUGGAAGACUGUCGUGCUCUUUGACAGUCUCACCAAGAUCAUCGCCAGGAUCUCCAACAGGGUCUUUGUCGGGUUGCCGCUUUGUCGUGAUGAGCAAUACCUCAAGAACGCAAUCGGUUUCGCCGAAGACAUUGCCAUUUCGGCAACGGUCCUGCGACUCUUCCCCGGCAUCAUCCGCUCUCUGGUCGCCCCAAUAGCGACAAGGUUCAACCGCAAGCACACUCGUGAAUACACGGAAAUCCUUAGGCCUGAGAUUAUUCGGCGUCAACGCCUCCAGCAAUCCACCGGCGACUCCAAGACCGAAGACGCCGUGAAGAACGACUUCCUCCAAUGGCUCUUGACCCGCUCGCUCACUAAAUCAUAUAACUCACCCGACGAAACCGAUCCGCAAAUCAUCAGUGCGCGUCUUCUGCAUGUAAACUUUGCAUCCGUCCACACGACCAGUUUCAUCGGUACCAACGCCUUACUGGACAUCCUUGCUGCACCACUCCAGGAGCGCGUCCUGGAAACGCUGCGGAAGGAGGCUUUGGACAACAUGGAGCCAGAUGCAGGGUCUGGACCGACUUCGAGGAUGUGGUCACGCACAGCUAUCGCCAAGAUGCACUACCUCGACUCAGCUCUCCGGGAGAGUUCCCGCCGCGCGAGUAUCAUCGGAGUGGGUGUGAACCAAAAGGUCGUUGCCCCUGGUGGUGUCACGACGCCCGAUGGCACACAUUUACCCGAAGGCUGUAUGGUCGCCACGCACAGUUGGGGGUGCCAUAAUGACGACAACCUUUACGAGGCAGCCGACAAAUAUAAGCCUUUUCGGUUCGUCGAGUUGAGAGACAAGAUCUCGAGCGGUGUCGGGGACGGUGAUAGAGACAAAGCAGAACGGGAGAAGGAGUACCUGGACAAAGCCCACCUCUCCUUCAUCGCCACCUCCCCUUCCUACCUCGGGUUUGGGCAUGGUCGACACGCCUGUCCGGGAAGAUUCUUCGCUUCGCAGGAACUGAAGCUGUUGAUCGCGUAUCUGCUGUCGCGGUAUGAGAUCCAAAUGGUCAUGGAAGGAGGACUCGGCGGGAACUGGAAUGGCAAGGGCAUCCGGCCCGAGAGUUACUGGGUGGGACCAAACCACGUCCCGCCGAUGAGCGCCAAAGUGCGGGUGAGGAGACGGAAGGAGUUCCAAUAG